AAUACAGUCACAUAUGGUACAGCAUCCGCGCCAUUUUUAGCCGUCAGGUGUUUGAAACAACUUGCUUUGGAAUGUCCAGAUUCACAAUUAGCCCAAAUCAUUAGUGACGACUUUUAUGUCGACGAUUUGGUCACAGGUGCUCAAACAAAAGAGCAAUUAAUAAAAAUAAAAGAAGGCGUGUGCAAAGUUUUAUCCGCAGGUUGUUUCAAUCUCCGUAAAAUCAGAUCCAAUAUAGAACUCUCUCAGUCAGAUUCAUGUCAGACAUUGAACCUCGGCGACCAAGGUUCGUCAAACACCUUGGGCCUGGGUUGGUCACCACCUGAUGAUAAUUUAUAUUAUUCAAUAAAGCAAACUGUUGAGCAAAAUCCAACCAAACGGUCAAUUCUGUCCGCCAUAGGACAGAUAUAUGAUCCGCUUGGCUUAUUAAGCGUAUGCGUCAUUCAAGCUAAAAUCAUGCUACAGAAACUUUGGUUAUUAAAAUGUAAUUGGGACGAUCCUUUACCCUCAAAUAUUGUAAAUUUAUGGCACAAGUUCCAAUCUGAAUUACGUCAUGUACUUGAUUUAAAAAUUCCGCGCUGUGUCAUCAAUGAUGAUCCAAAUAGUGUGAUUGAAAUUCACACUUUUUGUGAUUCGUCUCAGGACGCAUACGGCUCAUGCUUGUACGUUAGAUCGGAAUGUAACGGACAAGUGGAGAUCAACUUGCUAUGUGCGAAAAGUAAAGUCGCACCGUUAAAACCAACGACGAUUCCGCGUCUAGAAUUGUGCGGUGCCCUUGUCGCUGCACGUCUCACUGAGAGAGUACUCAAAUCCAUCCGCAUACCAAUAAAGAGAUGUAUUCUUUGGACUGAUUCAUCUAUCGUUUUAGGUUGGCUCCAAACUCAGCCUAACAAGUUAAAACAAUUCGUUAAAAAUCGUGUUGCUGAAGUUCAAGAACUUACUGCUAAUCACGAAUGGCGCCAUGUGCCAACAGCUAUAAAUCCAGCAGACAUGUUAUCUCGCGGAGUAAACAUGUCAGAAUUACAAGAUUUGUCCAUGUGGUGGAAUGGCCCAGAUUUUCUAAAGGAAGAUGAAUCUAAUUGGCCCACAAGUAACUUCGUAAAAAACAAUAUUGAAAUGCCAGAAAUGGUAACUGCUACAGCAAUCUCUUUAGACACAAAUCACGGUUUAAUUGAUUACAAAAGAUUUUCUAAAUUACUUAAAUUGAAAAGGGCACUAGCAUAUGCAAUGCGUUUUAUUCAUAAUUGCAGAAACAAUAAUAUAAAGAAAUCUGGACCACUCACCACAGAUGAACUAAAAGAUUCGUUCACUUUACUCUUGAAAUGGUCUCAAAAGCAAUCAUUUCAAGAAUAUGAUCAGUUAGUGAAAAGGCAAUCAUUGCCUAAUAAAAAUAAACUUCUUUCGUUAUCUCCAUUUAUCGAUGACUUAGAACUAAUCAGAGUAGGCGGCAGAUUAAACAAUUCACAGUUUCCAUUCGAUAAAAAGCAUCCAGUAUUGCUUUCAUCUAAACACACAUUAACACAACUCAUAUUUAACGAAGAGCACAUUCGUUUAAUGCAUGCUGGACCCCAAUUAUUAUUAGCCUCAAUAAAAGAAGAGUUUUGGCCUAUUGGUGGUCGCAAUUUAGCCAGAUCUGUCGCACACAAAUGCCUGAGGUGUUUCAAGCUACGGGCUCAAACAGUCAGCCCUAUAAUGGGUCAUUUGCCUGAGCAGCGUCUCAAUCCAGGUUAUGUUUUUCAAACCACGGGUGUAGAUUACGCGGGACCUCUUCUCGCCGCUGACCGUAAGGGACGUGGAUGUAAACUAAUCAAGGUCUAUGUUGUAGUGUUUGUGUGUUUCACCACUAAGUGUCUGCACCUCGAGCUGGUCACAAGUUUAACAAAGGAGGCAUACAUAGCUGCCUUACACAGGUUUAUUGCGCGUCGCGGAAAACCUGCAACUAUCUUUUCAGACAAUGGCACUCAGUUCGUUGGGGCCAAAAAUGAGCUUAAUGCUUUCCUAAAACAAAACUCUUCCUCCAUUUCCGAGUUUAUGGCGAAUGAAUUUGUUGAUUUUAAAUUCAUUCCAGCCUACGCACCUCAUUUUGGGGGGCUAUGGGAGGCUGGGGUUAAGUCUUUUAAAUAUCAUCUAACCAGAGUGAUAGGCGACUCCCACCUCACAUUUGAGGAACUUUACACGAUUCUAGUCAAAAUUGAAGCUACGCUUAACUCGCGACCUCUAUCACCAAUAUCUUCAGAUCCAUCAGAUCUAAAUCCGUUAACGCCAGGUCACUUUUUGGUCGGACGUCCUCUUACCACUCUGCCAGUUCCUCCACUAAAGAACAUAAAUCCGACCAGAUUACAGCGAUGGGAUCGCAUUGAACAAAUCCACCAGCACUUUUGGACAAGAUGGCAAAAGGAAUAUGUCUCUGAGUUGCAGCAAAAGACAAAAUGGAGGUCAUGCAAAGGACACCUCGACAUAGGAACGAUGGUCAUCGUCAAGGAAGACGCUGUGCCGCCUUUAAAAUGGAGCCUUGGACGUAUCGUGCGUGUCCAUCCAGGCAUCGACGGAGUAAACAGAGUCGCCGAUAUCCAAACACAUCGAGGCGUCAUCAGAAGAGCCUUCAAUCGAAUCUGUCCUCUUCCUCUGGACGACGAUCCUGUUGAAAGCAGGACUUUCAACGCCGGGGGGCAUGUUAAGGAACCCUAAUCUCACGGAGAUCCGAGGGGACUGCACCGCGCGGGGAGGGCAGCCGCAUCUAAUUUGCAUAUCACUCUUCGC